GAACAAACAAUUCAUUUCAACUCCAAAACACCAAACUAGUUAAAACACACAGACAAGAAGCCAAAAUUCGAUCGAAACAAACUCUCUUUCCCCAAUGGAUCCAUCGGAUUAUUUAACCGGCAAUAACCCUUCCGACCAACAGAACCAGAAACGACCGGUUCGGAUCUGUGGUCCUCGUCCUUCACCUCUCAGCGUCCACAAAGACUCCCACAAGAUCAAGAAACCUCCCAAGCACCCUGCUCCUCCACAUCAGCAGCACCACCUCGACCAAGCUCCGCUCUACGCUCCUCCACGUCAGCCGGUUGUUAUCUACGCCGUCUCCCCGAAGGUCGUGCACACCACAGCCUCCGAUUUCAUGAACGUCGUCCAGCGACUCACCGGGAUCUCCUCCGGGGUCUUCCUCGAAUCCGGAAACGGCGGUGAUGUGUCGCCGGCGGCGAGACUCGCCGCGACGGAGAAUGCUAGCCCGAGAGGAGGCAAGGAACCGACGACGGCGGCUAAAGAGGAGACGGUGGAAGUAGCAACGGCUAUGGAAGAAGCAGCUGAGUUCAGCGGUUAUGCUCCGGGAAUACUCUCGCCGUCUCCGGCUAUGCUGCCGACAGCUUCUGCCGGAAUAUUCUCGCCGGGAUUGUUUUCUCCGGCGGGGUUAAUGAGCCCGUUUCUAUUGUAUAGUCCUGGCUAUGCUAGUUUGGUUGCUUCACCAACUUUUGCUGAUUUUAAUUAUAUUUGGGAUCCUUAAGAGAAAUGUUUUAUGUAAUUUUGAUUCAUUUUGACAUAUCCCAAGACAAGGGGGUAAGAUGAGAGGUUAGUGUGUAAUUGUAAUGUAAACUAAUAACAUCUUCAUUCAACUUCAAAAAUUUCAGACAUUGAUUCCUAA